CGCGGAAUCUUCUCCUUUGGGUCAUGUUCCCUUUCGGAGUGAAGACUCUCAGCUCUUUCCCUCUCACCCUUUCUCCUCCUAAUGAAGUAUGUUCUGCCACAGAGAAAAGAGGAGGUGUCACACUGCCAGCGGCCCAGGGUUUGCCUUUCCUGACUGGGCCUAUAAGCCAGAGUCCAGCCCGGGUUCCAGACAGAUCCAGCUCUGGCACUUCAUUCUAGAGCUCUUGAGAAAAGAAGAGUAUCACGAUGUCAUUGCCUGGCAAGGGGAUUAUGGGGAGUUCGUCAUUAAGGACCCUGACGAAGUGGCACGGCUAUGGGGAGCACGGAAAUGCAAGCCACAGAUGAACUAUGACAAAUUGAGCAGGGCACUCAGGUAUUACUACAACAAAAGGAUACUUCACAAAACCAAAGGCAAACGUUUCACCUACAAAUUUAACUUUAACAAACUGGUGUUGGUCAACUACCCCUUCAUAGAUAUGGGUAUGUCAGGAGGGCCGGUACCUCAAAGUGCCCCACCCAUACCAUCGGGAGGCACCCACUUCCGCUUCCCACCCUGCACCCCAUCAGAUGUUAUGUCUCCGAAUGAGGAUCUACGCUCGCCCACCCUUUUUUCUUCUGUUGCAAGACGGCUGGCACGUGGAUCAGUCAGUGACUGCAGCGAUGGCACAUCGGCUAAUUCUGAAGUGGAAGAGAGUUUAAGUGAGGAGCAACACCGCCGAGGCCCUGGGCCCGACAUCCCAGCAUUCAGAGGUCCACCUCUUCCUCGACAUCCUCACGAUGGCAUCUUUAGGAUCUAUCCUCGUACACGGGUGCAGGAACCUCUUAGCCCUUUCCCAGUAUCACCUAUGGCUGCUCAUACUGGCCUACUGCCUCCACAGCUCUCACCUGCCUUACCCAUGACUCCUAAUCAUAUGAACUAUACCCCAUCCCCUUCCUUGAGCCCUAUGUACCCAGGUGGUAGUCAUUUUUCAUUCAACCCUGAAGACAUGAAGCGCUACCUUCAAGCACACACGCAGAGCGUGUACAACUACCACCUCAGCCCACGGGCAUUCCUGCACUAUCCAAGCAUUGUGGUGCCUCAGCCACAGCGCCCUGAAAAGCCCUUACAUCUGCCUCCUGAGGAGUCUUCUUUCAAGUUCAAACUCCAACCUCCUCCACUGGGCAAGAAGCAGCGGGACCGACCUCUUGAACCUGGUUCCUCUACCUCUUCCUCAUCAACGGGAGUCCCACAGAUUAAGGUGGAACCCAUCUCGGAUGCUGAGGAGGAUGAAGAGGAUCUCAUGGUGGAAGUAACGGACAUCAGCGAGGAGGAAGACGAUGAGGAAGUCUUCAAAGCCCCCACAGUGCCAGAGCAAAAACCCUUUGUUCCUGUUCUACCUAUUCGGGAAGAGGAAACUGUAAGCACAGGGGAUGAUAGUGGCCGCUGUAUCCCACUUAAGUUGCGCUUCAAGCGCCGUUGGAGUGAGGAUCAACGCUUGGAGGCCGAGGGAGGAGCAGAGGAGUCCGAUAAAAAGGUCAGAAGUAAUCAGGAGGAGCUGAAACUGCCCCCACUGCCAGGGGGCUCUCCCUGCAGAAGGGUGAGCACUGACCUUCAAAGAGCCACAGAGGAACUCUCACUUGAAAGUAGGGAUUCCUAAUGGAGGACUUACUGGGCCCACCAGAAGUAGCCUAGUCCAUUUGUAAAGAUCGGCUCCCUUUUGGUGGAGUCUCUUUCCAGCAAAUUUUAUUCCCUGUAUCCAAAAAAAAGUCCUUUGGUUUCAUGGAAACGAGGACAUUUUUUGUUUUUGUAAUCCCAUAUUUUAUUUCUUUCAACAGGGAGGGGAGAUUUAAAGGAAAAAA